UCUGGGAAGUAAAAAAGACGGCGUGUUAAACAAACCAUUAUGCUAUUUGGUUAUGAUAGUUCCAUUAGAUUGCAUUACGUUGUCAACAAAUACAAUUUUUGGCCUUUUAAAUUAAUGAAUUUCGUCGUUUUACAAUGUCCGUUAGUAAUUCGGUUUUGAAACUGAAUAAUGGCAUUUCAAUGCCAGUUAUUGGAUUGGGGACCUACAAAAUUUAUGGCACUAGUGUAAUCUUUAGUGUGAUUGAAGCAGGUUUGAAGUGUGGCUACAGAUCUAUUGAUACUGCUGCAGUGUACGGGAACGAAGGCGAUAUUGGCGAAGCAUUAAAAAUUUUGCUCCCAAAGUACGGACUGAGAAGAGAGGAUAUUUUCCUAACUUCGAAGCUUGGGCCGGCGGACCACGACCCCUCCCGGGUGCGUGCCGCGGUGGCAGCGUCCCUGGACCGGCUGGGCACGAGCUACCUGGACCUGUACCUGGUGCACUGGCCCGGCGUGGCCCGCCGGCCGGCGGACAGCCCCGACAACCCCCGGGUGCGGGCGGCCACGUGGGCCGAGCUCGCGGCUCUCAGCGCCGAGGGGACCCUGCGCAGCGUGGGCGUGUCCAACUACACGGCCCGCCACCUGCGCCAGCUGCUCGCCGCCGGCACGGGCGUCUGCCCGGCCGUCAACCAGGUGGAGUUCCACCCGCGCUACCGGCAGCGGGAGCUGGCCGGGUUCUGCCGGGAGCACGGCAUCGCGCUGCAGGCGUACUGCUCGCUGGGGGGCGCGUCCAGCGCGGGCGCGCUGCUUCGCGACGGCACAGUCGUGUCCGUGGCUGCCCGGCUGCGGCGCUCCCCCGCGCAGGUGCUGCUGCGCUGGGCCGUGGACCACGGCGUCGGUAUCAUACCCAAGUCGGUGAACCCGGAGAGAAUAGCAGAAAAUAUUGACUUGGAUUUCGUAAUACCUGAAGAUCUAAUGGAGAUUCUGGACAGCAUAUCGGUGGUGGAGAAGUAUUCGUGGGACCCGGAAGCGGUGUCAUAA